AGGACCCCAAACAUUUCGAACAUCUUUUCACUCUUUUAAGUACAAUAAUGUCUACUUCUUGUUUAUCAUUAUCUCUACCUUGUGCUUCUAACAUGUGAGCUAAUUCUCCCUUUGGGCUUUGCAAUCAUGAUAGUGCGCCCUGUUCGCUUGAUUUUCGGUGCUCGGUCUUUCGCUGAUAAGAAGGCAACUACCUUUUAACAACGGCCCUACGCGUACGCUACAGAAGUAAUAAGUCCAUUUGUCUCCUAUCCAGGUUUGUUUUCACUCUGUCAUGAUUCAAACUCACUUCAGAAAUUCAAAGUUUGCAGUCGCGGCGUCGCAACGCUUGUUCGUGACGCGGUCCGAUAGCGGAGGAAAAUAAGAACCAGUUACAUCGCAAGACCGGUUGACAGCGAACAAGAAAAGGGCUCAGUCGACGUCGUAGCAGGUCGCGAGUACCUCCGACGUGGUAACACUCCUGAUGAGUAACGGAAAUAUUUCGGAGAUGCACCCCAUGGUGCCCCAGCAUAGCAACGACCCAGAGCGCACGAUAUUACCUAAAAAAGCGCCCCCGCCAAGGCUUGAGUCGCCUUUCACGAGCCCAGAAGAGAUACCCGGGUCCGGGGGUUUAUUUAGGAGCAGUGAGGACGGCGGUAAUCCUUAUGGCGGUGGAGGGAGCCAGCAGGACCAAGGGAAUACGCUACAGAACUCCUCUCAGGUUUUAUACGAAUCCAUCGUUUGAGUCAUUUUUUUUUUUGCAGAGUGCUAGUAUCUAUCUUCGCAUUGAUUCUAGGGGUAGCAAAAUGAAAACUUGAAAAAGAACCGGUGUGCAAUUAUCCAUCAUGUAUUUCACCAAGUCGAGGCUUGGUAGUAGUUAUCAGUUGUUUGGUGCACACCAAUUUGUAUCUACCAGUUUCUACCAGUUAUCACGACCUGACGAAACCAAAACACAGGCACCUUCGACGGCACUCUCGAACGCCGCCACGAUGCUGUUUUCGACCGCGGGCACGCCGGGCAAGGCCGGCGGCGCCCAGGUAAUACCAGCGCCGGCGCGGAACAUGGAAUUUCCUGAGGACACCGAGUCCCCACUGUCCACCGGGGACGAGGAGGGGAGGCGGCACGGGCCGCCUGUAGGCAAUAAUAAUAGCACAAACAAUCAUGGCGCAUCAGGAGGUGGACCUUCUUCCACUACGCCUGCGCCAUUUUCGACCGGAGGGCCACCGGCCGUGGCGAAAAAUCCGCUUAUGAACGCCGCGAACCUGCUGGGGGGCAAGAGACAGACUAGUCGCGAAGGAGGAGCCCAGUCUCUGGGCGUGAACGCCGAGAACGAGAAUAACAAUAAGAAUAACGAGGGCGGCGCCGGCGGCGCGACGUCCUCCAGCAGCGCGGCCCGGCCGAGUCCGGGGAAUCGAAUAUCGCUGCUAAAGUCGGGGAAGUCUGCCGUGUGGCAGAAGGCCCGGGCCAAGCUGGAGGAGAAGGGGACGCUGCGGAAGAAGCCGAACAUGGAGAAUUUGGUGAAGAACGUGGUCAUGCAGAAUAAGGUGGAGACCCGGGAGCAGACUUUGUGGCGCGAGAAGGUGAUUGCGCAGCUGGAGGUGGAGAAGGAGUGGCGGCUCCGGCGCGACGGCGUGUGGCACCCGAGCAAGGCGGACGAGAUUUACAGCCACCCCUACUUCGAGUCGACGAUCAUGUUCUGCGUGGUCGCGAACUUGAUCAUCUUUUCCGUGGAGUCGGACGUGCACGACCCGGAGGAGGCGGACCUGAGCCGGUUCGCCUACUUCUGGUGGUGGGCCGAGCUGUUCUUCUUCUUCGUCUACCUCUUUGACGUGGGCCUCCGCGUGGCCCGGUGCAAGGGCUACUUCUGGCGGUUCUACUUCCCACCACGCCACCUGUGGGACGAGUUGAUUUUCAACUGGGUGGAUUCCUUCUGCCUGCUCACGCAGCUCAUCGAGCUGGGGGCGAUCGGGGAGGAGUCCAGCGCGGGCGCCGCAGUUAUGUUCAAGCUCUUACGGCUGCUGCGGAUGAGCAGGUAUAAGACUUCUAUCAGAUAAGUAAGAUCAUUAUACUUGUACACACUUGAUGUACAGCUAGUACAGCUACUUAGUGCCAUUCUUUGUCUAUCUACACAGGCGAAGAAUUCGCUGUCGUUUCUUGUUUCUGCAUGACCAUGAGCAAAAAGGUGUAAAAUUGGCAGGGCUUCCAUAGUAGAAAAUAGCUGAAGGGAUGAAGUAAAGGAACGAAGAAGCAAUAAGAAUAAGCCUCAUUUGCAUAGGGCUAUAAGUAACAGAACAGAUGACGGGUAGUACUUUGGUUGUGCAUCAUGGUUAGAGAACGGAAAAAAAAAUUCCUCCUAUCUGACAUCAAUUCAGGUUGCGAAAGUACGAGGAAGUAGUAGUAGUUUUUCGGACGACGCAGCGGGUCUUGAUUGAGAUCGGCCCGGAUCUUUUGAUUGUCUCGAUGGUGAUGCUAUCCCUUGCAAAUAUCGAUCUUCUGGAAGGACGGAAAGAAUACGUAUUCAUUGCGCGGUGUGUCGAGCGAAACAAAAUCCUUUUAGACAUGAAGCGGACGUUCUUGAGCGCCACACGGACUGUCAUGCAAAAAUGCGAUAAUGUUCCAAUCCAGGGCAGUUUUUUUUUUUACAACGCAUGGCUCUUCUCUACGACCUAGCCAAUGAUUUGUCAUGCCUGGAUGGAUACAUAUAGUACCCACUGAGGUAGUAUUUUUCAUCAUCAAGAUUUCAUCAUGAAGAGAGUACAAAAAUUGUCGAUUGCAGCAAUUUUUCGCAGACCUCCCAGAUCGAUCGAAAGAUAUUUGCGAUGCAUAGAUGCUGGCGCUUUCUGUGACGCUGCGGCAGUACGUGAAGUAUCGGGACCAGACGAGCGGCGAUUAUUCGGACUCGCAGAACCUGAACUUCGAGACCAGCAUCAUGCCUAUUGCGAACACGUGGUUCCGAACCAUCCUGCUCUGCCUCCGUUUGUGGCUCCAGGACAACAGUAUGCCCUUUAUUGACCUGCUGGCGGACCAAGACUGGUGGAUCUCCGUCUGGUUUAUCCUGGGGCUACUGCUCUCCGGCGUCGUGCUCAUGAAUAUUGUGUCCGGGCGGGUCACCAAAAUCAUGUUUGAGGUCGUCACGGAGGAAAGGAGGCGACGAGCGACCGUAGGCAUGGAAAAGUUCUUGAAAAACCUACUGAUCACGAACGGCUUGCUCUGGUUCGACUCCUCGGCCCUCAGCGCUGACGACGAGGAGGGAUUCAAAAAAAGCCAACUUACGCCCGCGGAACAAAUCGUAAUAUUCAAUUUUUUUACAUGAUUCAUAGAUUUUUCGUUGGCAUCUAUACAGGAAAAAGUUGGACGAAUAGGACAAGUUGAAUGAGGGUUUGCGAUGCCGAUUUUUAACGUAGACGAUAAUGCAAGAUCUUUAGUAUGAAAAUGAAACGCUAGAAGUGCCUCCGAUUAUCAGUCCCUUUGAUGUGCAUGUGUGAUUUUUUUAUACCGUUUUCUUUGGUUUUCUUCGGUUGAGACAGACCUGCAAUUUAGUAUUUUGAAUUUGUAUUUUUGGCUUUAGUUACAACAGAGCAUCAGGAUGAGUUUUUUCUCUCCACACCUCAGGUGCAACAUUUCGAGUCAAUCCGCGAGAACCUGCAGAUGGACACGACGGACAUUCACAGCGAGGAGGACCUGAAGAAGAUCACGGUGAAGCUGUACAAUUUGCUGCUUCUCCCGAUCGGGCUGCUCCGCGUGGAGUACGACGAGAAGGAGCGGCAGUACAAGCCGGGGUGGUUUUUGCGAAACAAGGUGCUGUCCAUGCCGCGGCAGGCGUACCUGAACUACCUAAACCAGGUGGAGAAGCACAUGAUACGCAAGGCGUUCAUAGCCCGGAAGACCAAGGAGCUCGAGCGCACGCAGAAAGCCGGGGGCGUGCUCAAGUCCACGGUGAACGCGAAAUCGGAGCAGGAGCUGCACGCGGACGUGAUUCGGGACAUCGAGGGCAUGGUGUCCGUGGCGGCGAUGAACGACGUCUACCAAACGCUGUUCGACGAGGGACAGAUGGAGUCCGUCGCGGUCUCACUGCUCCAGAUCCAGGAGGAGGUAGCACACACGAAACGACUGCUCGACGCCUAUGUCAGUCACCAACACAAAGACGAAAACGCACCCAUGGAGAUGACCUUUGCCAACAUGGGGCUCAAGGCGUUUUCAUAGCGCGGCAAUGGGCGUAGCAUUUUUUUUCCCGCCUGAAUAGGCGCAGCUCUUUUUUUCUUUGUACUUUUUUUUACCCCCUUUUUUUCCAAUUGCAGUGCUUUUUUCCACCUAACACCUUUAAGUAUAGUAUUUUGUUUGAAGAUUUGUUUGUGCUUCCCUUUCCCACGACCCGGGUUUAUCUUUAUUGGCUUCCGAACAAGAUCCAUAGGCUUCUACUAUGUGAGCAUGAAUGCGAUGCUUGCACUAUGUAAGAAAGUCAAAGUACAGCCAGCCGCGACAAAUAUCUGUGCACCGAAGUAAAAAACUUUACUGCGAAAAAUCACCGUGCAUGGCGUUGAUGGUCAUACACUUUUUUUACAUACGAAAGUUUCCAAGAACACAACAUCGCAAAAAUGCCGCAGCUGGUACCGAAAAGCUAAAGGUCAUAAUUAGAGCUGCUUACUGAAAAGCGUUGCCAUAGUUGCCCCCGUGAUUUAUGAGGAGUUAUGUCCCGUGCUGAAAUUGAGAUUUACGCAGACAAUUUUUUGCACAGGUUUCGAGUACUCACUUCCAUCCAU